GCAUCCCUGGUAAUGACAGUAUUGUCAGAUUGUCAAAUGUCACAUUCUCACGUUUCGCAUUUCUUUCCUUCCGACAUCUUGAACUACGUGAAACACGCGUUUUUCGAGUGUAACGAUAAUAAUUGAAGAUGAAAUUGAAUAGAAAUGUAUCCUCUUCGCGACGCAAGAGCCGCAAACGUCAUUUCCAAGCACCGUCGCACAUCAGAAGGAAAUUGAUGUCGGCUCCACUAUCCAAGGAAUUGAAGCAGAAAUAUACGGUUCGUUCGAUGCCGAUUCGCAAAGAUGAUGAAGUCCAGGUGGUGCGUGGACAUUAUAAGGGCAAUCAGGUCGGUAAGGUGGUUCAGGUUUACCGCAAAAAAUUCGUAGUCUAUAUCGAACGAAUCCAGCGUGAGAAAGCUAAUGGAACGAAUGUAUAUGUUGGAGUGCAUCCAUCGAAAUGUUUGAUUGUUAAGCUGAAGAUGGACAAAGAUCGCAAAAAAAUACUGGACCGUCGCGCAGCUGGACGCCGAGCUGCUUUAUCCAAGGACAAGGGUAAAUACACCGAAGAGUCGGCUGCAGCUUCUGCAAUGGAAACAAGUUCAUAGGUUAGCGCUGCAGUAUCAGUUUUUGUUCAAAAGCCGAUUCGUUUUCUUAAACAUUGCAACUGGAUAUUCUUUCAAUAGAUGCAACAUUGAAAAUUGAACGGAAACAAUAAAAGAGUAAGAUGGAAAAUUUA